UUCGUCAAGACCCUGACGGGUAAGACCAUUACCCUCGACGUCGAGUCGAGCGACACCAUCGACAACGUCAAGGCCAAGAUCCAGGACAAGGAGGGUAUUCCCCCGGACCAACAGCGCCUGAUCUUCGCUGGUAAGCAGCUUGAGGAUGGCCGCACCCUGAGCGACUACAACAUCCAGAAGGAGUCCACCCUUCACCUUGUCCUCCGUCUCCGUGGUGGUAUCAUCGAACCCUCUCUCAAGGCUCUCGCCUCCAAGUACAACUGCGACAAGUCCAUCUGCCGCAAGUGCUAUGUA